AUGACUCUCGCCGUCGACAUCCUGAACCCCUCCCCCCUCAAGGAAUCCCAGACCCACAAGCUCAAGCGCAUCAUCCAGAGCCCAAACUCCUUCUACAUGGACGUCAAAUGCAACUCCUGCCAGACCAUCACCUCGAUCUUCUCCCACGCCGACACCGUCGUCGCCUGCAAGAAAUGUAGCACUGUCCUCUCACAGCCCACCGGUGGUCUUGCCCGUCUCUCCGAGGGUGUCUCCUUCCGCAAGAAGCCCCAGUAA